GAAAAACAUGAGCAUAGAUGGGAAACAGGGCAAAGGCGUGGCAGCAGUAAACAAUUUCUUUAAAAUAAUCUCUUUCUUGUGAGAAAAUCAAUAAGUUGACUUGCAACAUGCUUUUUAAAUGUCGCAUGAGGUUUGGAAACAGGACUGAGAAAAAUGUAACCAUCUUCGGCUUAGACACCUUAUAAAAACUGAGUAAAGCUGCCUGAGAUUGACCAGUACAUGUUAAAUAGAUGUGUUAUUAGAUUUAGAGUUUUAAAAAAAAUAAGAAGGAAAGGACACCCAUCGGUGGAGAACGAGAGAGUGGUGGAGAGAGAAAGAGGUAGAUAGAGAACGAGAGACAGAGAGAGUGGUAGAGAAAGAGUGUGUGUGGCAGAGAUAGAUAGAGAGUAGUAUUAGGAGAGAGGGAGGGAGGUAUAGAGAAGUGUAGUAAGAGCUGGUGCCGCUGGUUAAACUUCAGCUCUGGGUUCUGUUAGUGCGCGCGGCGGUUCUGCUCGGCUCUGAUUGGUCAGAUCUGGGCAGUGUUGUGGCAGAGCGCGAGCGUCAGAGCUGUGUCCGCGCGCAGGGCUUUACUCUACAGCGCGCGGGUUCUAGAUAGUUGUGAAGAGUUUUACAAGGUUCUAGAUAGUGUUUAGGAAGUUUGCCUCGAGUUUGGAUCGGGAUCUCUGCCGGAAGUGGUGUUGAGCGGGAUGUCCGGGCUCGCGGGGCUGUGUGUGCGCGCGGUGUGCUGGUUCGGGCUGGUCCGGCUGGGCGGGGGUUCGUGGGCCUGGCUGAAGCCGAACCAGGUGGAUGAGGUUCCGGUGAAGCGGCCGCAGCGACCCCCGCACAUCAUCUUCAUCCUGACCGAUGAUCAGGGCUACAGUGACAUCGGCUACCACAGCGCCGAGAUCAGAACCCCCACACUGGACCGCCUCUCCGCAGACGGGGUUCGGCUGGAGAACUACUACGUACAGCCCCUCUGUACCCCCUCCCGGAGCCAGCUCAUCACCGGCAGGUAUCAGAUCCAUACUGGUCUUCAGCACUCGAUCAUCAGGCCUCGCCAGCCCAGCUGCCUUCCCAGGAACCUGGUGACUCUACCCCAGCGGCUCCAGGAGGCAGGUUACUCCACCCACAUGGUGGGCAAAUGGCAUCUGGGCUUCUACCGAAAAGACUGCCUGCCCACUCGCCGGGGUUUCCACUCCUACUUCGGCUCUUUGACUGGAAGUGUGGAUUACUACACCUACGGCUCCUGCGAUGGCAAGUCCCUCUGCGGCUUUGACCUCCACGAUGGGGAAUCGGUGGCUUGGGGUAGAGCAGGAAAAUACUCCACCCACCUCUACACCCAAAGGGUACGCAAAAUUCUGGCCUCGCACCAUCCGGACCAGCAGCCGCUCUUCAUCUUUGUCUCUCUGCAGGCGGUUCAUACGCCUUUGAAACCACCCAAGUCCUACAUCUACCCUUACCGGUCCAUGGGCAAUGUUCCUCGCAGGAAAUAUGCUGCCAUGGUUUCCAUCGUGGAUGAAGCUGUGCAUAACAUCACCUACGCUCUUCGUAAGUACGGCUACUACCGGAACAGUGUCAUAAUCUUCUCCAGUGAUAAUGGAGCCCAGCCCUUUACAGGGGGCAGCAACUGGCCUUUGCGAGGGCGCAAGGGUACAUACUGGGAAGGUGGAAUUCGUGCAGUGGGAUUCGUCCACAGCCCCUUGUUACGGCACAAGCGAAGAGUCAGCAAGGCUCUCCUCCACAUCACUGACUGGUACCCUACCCUGGUACGACUAGCUGGAGGCAACGUGUCCCAGGACCAAGGGCUUGAUGGGUAUGAUAUUUGGCCUGUACUUAGUGAAAAUAAAGAAUCUCCACGGUUAGAAAUUUUACACAAUAUUGACCCUCUUAACCGGCAAGGACUUGGGUCCUGGCAAGCAGGUCAAGGUCUCUGGGACACGACUGUGCAGGCUGCAAUCAGGGUUGGAGAUUGGAAGCUUCUGACAGGGGACCCGGGCCAUGGGGACUGGGUUCCACCUCAGGUUUUGACCAGCUUCCCUGGUGGCUGGUGGAAUCUGGAGCGAGGGACUGGAGAAGUGAAGAAGUCUGUGUGGCUCUUCAACAUCACCGCUGACCCUUGUGAGAGGAAUGACUUGGCAGACCAGAGGCCUGGCGUGGUCAGAAAACUGUUGGCACGUCUGGUGUCAUAUAACCACACAGCCAUUCCUGUGUGCUAUCCACCAGACGAUCCUCGUGCCAACCCCAAUGUGAACGGUGGAGCUUGGGUACCUUGGGUGGACGAGGAGGAGCAGGAAGGCAAGUGGAGUGGUGUCUAUUACAAGAGGGGAAGGAACCGCAAGAGGAAAAAGUGCAGGUUCUGUAAAAUACGAUCCUUUUUCAAGAAGUUAAACUGGAGGAUCAUGUCCAAUAGAAUAUGAAGCACUGACAUAACUGCAUUAUCAGAUCUUCAAGACUUGAGCCAUAAACGGACUUAGUCACUGCCAUGUUUGUUCUGAGAAAUCCUCCUGACUUCAGUUAAUCCUAGUUAGCUCUGUGCUUGGUCUAAGACUCCUUCCCAACCUGGAGACUGCCACUGACCACUUUAUCACUUCCUAUCAUCAUUGUAGUUAUUUUUAGGUUCUUGCUAGGCCUGAUUUAGCUGCAGACCAACUGGAUAAAGAAACUGUGACCUGAGUGAGUCUGAGCUGGAGCAGAACGGUGUGAUAUGGGCCGUGGUGAGUGUUAGGCCCUGCAAUGGAAGCGAUGCAGUGUACAUGAGCCAUCAUUAUUUAUCUGAGCCUUUAGAGUCUUUGCUUAACCUUGCAGAUUGUCAGGAACUGUCUGUGUACCUGCACUAGAUAAAUCACAGGGCUGUUGAAGCCCCGGCUAGAGUAAAUAUUUGCCUUAGGGAGUCUGAGUAGCGAAAUUAGACAGGGUUCAGGACGACACAGUGUUACUGUCUUACACAGAACUGGAGAAAGAGCUCAAACGGGAGCUCUGUGACCAAAGAUCUUAACUAUUAGAGCCAACGACAGCAAUGUGAACACACAUUUAGCUUCUUCAGAGAACCAGCAGGUUCUAAUGCUGUAUUUUGCACUCACACAUUGUGAAGUUAUUGCUGUUGCACCUUUUUAGUGUCUUCUUUUUUACGAUGUUUUUACUGGGAGCUGUUACAGAUAUAAAUGCACAUGCACUUAUAAACCCAUGUUAUUCCACAUGUACCACCUGUAUGUCAUGGUCAACUAUGGGGAAAACUUGUUGCACUGGGUGUUUAGCAAUGGUGGUUAAUCCAUGUCUAGAAGGUAAAAAUACACUCCAGUGCCUGGCCAGCUCUGAUGUAGCCUAUGACUGUAUACAAGCAUGGACAGCCCAGCAUCUCUCAAACGUGAAGCCACCACAGGUCUAGCUCCUCUGCUGGCUGGUUGCAGUAUAAUGGGAAGCUCCAGUCAUCCCCAUAAGUUUCAAUUUUUUAAAUUUAAACUGUCUUACCAUCCAAAUGUCCAAUUCCAUUAGUUUUCUAAUAUUACAACAUUUGUUAAUAGUUUUAAAACCGUAUUCUGCUCUAUCCUAAGAAAGCAGGGUGAUACUUAGGAAUGAAGCAAUUGACAGUCUGGCCUGAAACAGACUGAUUAUCUGCAUUACAUGAAUUACUGAAUUGUUGUUGAGCUGUCAGAUAGCUACCUAGUUAUUUAAUCAAUUUAUUUAAUCAUUAUUAUUGAUCAUGUGGAGUUGGGAUGUUGGUUAAAUUAAGUCUACGUCACUCUGUAUGAAGUUCUUUACAGUCUGAUGUUAACAUAAAAUUACCAAAAUGUGAUCUAAUUAGUUGCUAGCAUACCAGCUUAUUUUAGUAUAGUAGACAUGGUGUUAUUAUUGGUCCUUAGCCUUGGUCAAUGUCCUUGUCUGGGUACAAAUAGUGUUUAAAACAUAAUUUCUUCUUCUUCAAAUUGUCCAUUGUGCAUGCUGAUCCUUGCACAGCAGUUUGGGGGUUAAACUGGACGGUAGUAGCCUUUUCUACCUGGUUACAAACUUAACAAUAUUGCAAAUAUUUGGCUUCAUUUCUAUAGAACAGAAGAGGACAGAACCGUGGUGUCCAUGUUUAUAUACAGUCACUGAAUGUUACCAAGCUGUCCAGUCAGCAGUCAACAAAAUCAGCAUGUGAAUUUGAACUUUUUGGAUCUGGAUUUGCCACCUCUGGAGUUCAGCUGGAUGGACAUCACCCAGAACAGAAUUCCAGAACUGGGUUGUGAAUGUUCCUGUAUAACGUGUGGUUGAAUUUGUUCUGUUUCUGAGCUGUUCUUUUGUACUGAUGAGAAUAAAAGCUUUACACUGUAACAUUA